CCGCGCCGCGCCGGGCGCUGGGGCGGGGUCUGCGGGCGCCGACGGGGCGGGCGGCGGCGGGCGCCACGUCGGCAGCGGGGAAAGGCGGAGGAGUAAAGUCUGCGGCGGAGCCGAGCCCGGCGUGUGCGCCGCGCGGUGUAUGCAGAAUACUUUUGUGGAAACAACUAACUGAAGCCUUCACAAAGGAAUAUAUUUGCAAGGAGCGUGAAGACAAACCUUCCUUAGGAUACGCUGCAGUCUGGUGUCCAGGAGGCCUUUUGCAAACUGGGACAUACGAGCUUGGACCUUAAUAGACAAAGGAGGCACUGAACUGUAGGCAAUAAUGAAUCAAACGGACAAAAAUCAGCAGGAAGUCCCAUCAUACCUUCAUGAUGAACCACCAGAAGGUUCAUUAAAAGACCACCCGCAGCAGCAGCCUGGCAUGCUUUCUCGUGUGACUGGUGGCCUCUUCAGUGUCACAAAGGGAGCUGUUGGUGCCACGAUUGGGGGUGUUGCUUGGAUUGGAGGGAAAAGCUUUGAAAUUACCAAAACAGCGGUCACAUCUGUGCCUUCAGUGGGAGUGGGGCUAGUCAAAGGAAGUGUUUCUGCUGUAGCUGGAGGUGUUACAGCUGUAGGAUCUGCUGUUGCAAGUAAAGUGCCUUUAACAGGAAAGAAAAAGGAUAAGUCUGACUAAAACCAAAACUGAGACAUACUCGAUUCUCCAGAAUGUUACAUCAGUGGCAUUAAAAUCUGCUAAGAUUUGGACCAUGAGAAGCCAUGUGUCUUAGACACUCUACCUUCUAAAGAGUUGUGCAAGUAACUUGGAUUUCAUCUGAAAAGGACAGAAGAAGCUUGGCUAGCACAGCGUAUGAAGAUUUAUUAGAGCCUAGAUUGAAGCUUUGUAUCUGGUGAAAUGUUACACUUGAUAACUAUAGAUGUGAGUAAGCGUAUCUGAAGGGAUAAUACAUAUCUGAAUAUUCAUUUACUGUAAGUCUUUUGCAGUUCUGGACUAAAAUGUGAACACAGAAACUUGGUAGUGUCCGCCAUACCAUCAGUGUGACAAGAUGCCAUUUACUGUUCUCAGUGGUUUCCACAUCCUCCUGCUAAGGAUCCUUCAGCCGUGUAACAGCAUUGUUGGAUGUACCCAAAUAGUUUCGGUUACAAACCCGUGUAUUCACAGGCAGCAUGUAAACUAUCGGUGACUUCAUUCUGCCAAGUGCAGACUGGAGCAAAUAGAACUAGAGGUGUGCAGAAACUGGAAAUGAGAGUGGGAGACAGAAGUGAGAAAGCUGGACAACAUGGUAGAAGGGAUCCUAAAGAGUAAACUAACUUAAUGCCUUAUUAGAAAAAAUAUCUUUUUAUUAGGGGAAGCUGGGUAAAGAAUUGUCCUGUUAUUUCAGUGCAGUUCACAGAAUGAGCUUUAGACUCUCUUUAUGAGUUCCACUGUCUGAAACCUUGUCAAUUUUUACUGAAAACAAGAUUGCUCCAUCUCAGGUGUAUUUAAUGAUAUGCAUCUCUCUCCUGCAAGUGAAAACUUGCUGCUAAUAAACUUCCUGUAGACACUAGAAAAAAUGAUGGCUUAGUGGAAACUAGGCUGAUGUUUGUGGUCAUCUGGCACAACUGUCUUGACUUGAAAGAAAUUCCUUUGUGUCAUUGGAAACCACUGAAGAACUAGCAAAGCUGUUGUCUCAACUCCAUGAUGCGCCAGGUUAGCUUCUUGCUCUGUUUAAGCAAAUGCAAGGAAUUUUUCACAUCUUUCUCUCAUACUUUGCAUUUUGAUUUGAGUAAAAUGCAAUACUUUUAUUUAAAACAAACCAAAAAAGGUAGGUGAGGCCUUAAAAAAAAAAAAAGAGAGAAAGAAACAUCAUCCAAGUAAAUUGUAUACUGACAGAUUCCAAAUGUUGACACACCUCAAAUGGGAACAUCUGUAGAUCCUCUGCAGUGUGUUAGGCAAAAAUGCACUUGUAAGGACAUAGCUUGAGGUUGCCUUAGAAUUGAAGCUGGUGGUGAUCCUUUUUGUGUGUGUGUGUGUAAUGACUUUACAAAUAAGCAACCUCUUUGGAAGCCCAUAGAAGGCGGCUGUGAAUGUUGUGUAUGCAGUAUUUUCUAAAAACUUGUGUUCCUACAGAGAACUUAUAAGCAUGUAAGCUUACUUUUUCAGUGGCUAUGGUUGUAUGAGAAAGAUACAUAGGGAGGCUUUUUAGAAAUUAAAAAAAAAAAAAAUCAACAUGUCACUUGUCUAAAACUUAGUCUUAUCUUCAUGGGCGUUGAAAGUAUAUUAUGUGUAAGUUAUGGUACAGUAGUCACCUAGUCUCUCUGAGCCAUUGGUACUUCAACUGCACUCUGGAACAACUAUUUGGUAUCACUAACUGUAUGUUAGCAAUACGGUAUUUGUAAGCAUGGGGACUUGGGGUGCUGGGGAGACCAAAAACC